AUGAAGUCAAUAGCUACACUUCUCUUGGUGCUGAACUUUUGCAUGUAUGUCAUAGUUUUAGCCACCGGUGCAUGGGCUAUGAAUAGAGCAAUAGAUCAUGGUUUUAUUAUAGGUCCGGAAUUAAAACUUCCAGCUCAUUUUUCACCCGUUUUCUUUCCGAUGGGAAAUGCUUCAACCGGAUUCUUUGUUACAUUUUCUUUGUUGGCUGGAGUAGUUGGUGUUGUAUCAGCAAUUUCCGGAAUCAGUCAUAUCUGUUCAUGGACUGCUAAGAGUCUGCCAUCUGCAGCUUCAGUUGCUACCAUGGCUUGGACUCUUACACUUCUUGCCAUGGGCUUCGCCUGGAAAGAGAUUGAGCUUCAAAUUAGAAACGCACGUCUGAGAACCAUGGAGGCUUUCCUAAUUAUCCUCUCAGUUACACAACUUCUCUACAUAAUUGCCAUUCAUGGUGCUGCUGCAUAUAAUAUAUAUACUUGA